CCUCACCCUCGGACGGGCUGUCUCCUCCUCAGACCACUCUGAAUUCAACAUGGCGGCGCACAUCAUACAGGAGCUGGAAAGCUCCGCACAAAUUCUCCUCGCUGCACCAAAUCAAGUGACAGCUGAGCAACGACAUGCAGCUGAGAGGACAUUUCUCGACUUUCAAAAUACUCGAGCUCCGUUCGAGCUCUGCAAAUGCAUCUUGGAAAGCAGCGCUGUGGGUUAUGUGCAAUUCCAAGCAGCAUGCCUACUCAAGCAGGGCCUCAUUCGCGAGUGGAAGCUCAUGGAGCCGGGACAGUGGCAGGCGCUGUGGCAACACCUGCUCCAGCUGCUGGCGUGCAGACCGAACAUGGAGAACUACGUGCGCGAGGAACUGGCAUUGGUGCUGGCCCUUGGCUCCAAGCGUGCCAGUGUUGAGAAUGGUGCUGACGCCCUGAACGAUAUUCUCCAACAGUCGACGCAGAUGGUGGCAUCUGGAGACCAACACCUGCAAUCUCUUGGGUGUUCUCUGCUAAGUGCUCUGUUGGUUGAGUUCUCAAGUUCCACACGAGCAACAGAUGUUGGCCUCACGUGGGAAGUUCAUCUCAAAGCCAAGAAGUCGUUUGAAGCCAACCACCUGCGAAGGGUGUUCCAGUUCUGCCAACAGGGCCUUCGAGAAGCAGCCAGUCGCCUGGGAAAUGGUCCUGUGCGACCUGAAGAUCGCAACCUGCUGCGUCGCCUGCUCCUACUGUCAGAGCAGCUCUUAUCCUGGAACUUUCAGUUCUCCAUGCUGUUGCCCCGAAAGCUUGUAGGUAUAUUUGAGGCACAGCAGACUCCGACACUGCGGCCUGGCCAAGACUGGAGAGGGGCAUUUGAUGAAACACCUCAGCUGUUACUGCAGCUCUACGGUGCCUUGAGCCAAGAUGGAGAGCUGGCACACGUGGCACUCCAGUGCCUGCUGCAGUUGGCCACCCUGAGCCACAGCGGAGAGCGACAACAGCGGAACACCCACCUCAGGCGCUUCAUCCAGGGCGGACUGCUCGAACUGAUGGCCAUCAGGCCUCCCCGCGCCGGCAUAGCUCAAUUGCUGGCCCGCCUCGCACUCUUCCAUCCACCUAACCUGCUGUCCGCAGAGAUGCACAUCCCAUACCUCGAGCGCCUCUGUGACCUGGCCUGCUGCGUGCUCCAGUCGCCGGUUGGAGAUGACGCUGAGCAGCAGCAGGAGGCACUUGACCACAUUCUGGAUGCGUGGGUCCCCUUGCUUCAGGAGCCGCAAACCUUUCCUGCAGAACCAUUGAAGGUGGCCACCAUGAGAGUCUUCGAGCUGUACCUGCGUAGCCGACUAGCAGCCCCUGAUGGGACUCGGCCCCCGAUCAGUGAUGAAGAGGAAGUGGCUGAAGAGGAUGAGGAUGAUCGGGUCCGUUAUCGUGACCAGCUUGCUGUGGUGGGCAUGUUAGGCCGCCAUGUCCUGCCGCACAGCUUGCCCCUGCUUUGCCGAGUGAUAGAGGACCGCACUCAGCGCCUGCAGGAGUUGCUGCAGGGUCAACCUCAAGCUGGCAUUCCCAUGACUGGUGCCCACAAGGAACUGUUGGAGGACCUCCACUGGAUUGUGCUCAUCACUGGCCACCUGUUGACAACAGUGUGUGACGGCGAGACCCCACUAAUUCCUAAGGAAGUGACGCGGUUCAGCUUGAACUCUGGGGCUGACACGGCAGCCACACUUUCCCUGCUGUCGCGACUAGGCCAAGCCGAUGCAGCGUCUUCUGUUCAGGGAAACGUGGACCCAGUAGUUAGACUGGUUGUUGCAGUUCUCCAGCUGUGCCACGUAGAGAGGGCAGCACUACAGGCAGGACUUGGUUCCCAGCUCAGCCCCGAAGUGGCCAUAACGUUGGUGUGGUUUCUUCAUCGUUGGGGGCUGACUUACCUGCUGCCAAACGAGACGUACUACACGCAGGAAAGCGGCAUCAUGCGGAUUAUCUUUAAGGGAUCAAUGGGAGACCUUGUACGGGAGCACGCGAGAAGGGAUCCGUCAGCACCUGCUUGUCAGAUGAGCCCGACGUUAGUUGCGGCGUUCGGGCGGGACUCGGAGGCUGGCCCUUGCGUGCUGGACUGGGUGCUCGGCAAGUUGUGCUCCAACCUGGAGUUGUGGCACAGCGAGACUGCGCUGACGCUGUCCACCUGCCAGGCGAUGGUCUCGCUCCUCAACAAUGUUGAGAGGGGUCACCGGGCUGCAGCAUGUCCGAGCCUGCUGUCCCUCUUGCAACGUCAGUCACAGGGCCAGCUGGGUCCGCUCGCACCGGGCUCUCAUCGAGCUCUGCUCAAGGCCCUGGUCAUCGCGUGCACUGCCAACAGAUUGCCUGACGCCCCCCAACUUUGGGAGGCCCUCCUAGGACCCCUCAAGACCCGAUUUGAGGAAUUCUUCAAUUCUUGUGUUCAAACACGCUGCCGCUUCACCGAGCCCCAGAAGAGCAAAGCGCUGGAUCUCUUGGAGAGCCUGUGCGGUGUUGCUGAGGGCACUACACCCAGCAACCUGGACACCAUUCAGCCCAUGCUGCUUCCCCUCCUGGUUCGACUCUCCUCCAUCAUUGCUGUGCUGCGUUCCGAGGCCACCCUGAUCACUGCCACUACACAAUUAUUUCGAGCGGCGGCCCGGCGGAUGCUGUGCUUUGUGGGGCCCAGCGAUUCCACGGCGCUCAGCCAUUGCUGCUUGGAGCUCGUGCGCCAGUUUGCCGAGCAUAGCUCAGGCCUGUUUACGACAGAAGCGACUGCUGAGGAUAGCCAUGUUCGUGAAUUGGGGGAGCUGCUUGAGCUAUUAACUGAGCUCCUUUCCAAGGACUUCAUGUAUAUGGGUGCCAGGGUACCUUCCAACAGCACCGGUACCGACGAAGCUGCGACGGGAUUUGAAGUGCCUACUCCUGGCAUUGCCAUAGAAGGCUUGCGGUUUCUCAUGCCCCUGCUCAAUGCUCAGCUGCUGCAGUUCCCGUCUCUGUGUGUGCAAUACUUCAAGCUGGUCGCUCUGCUCAGUGAACUGCAUCCCGACAAGGUGUGCAGGAUGCCUGAGGAUUUACUUCAGGCACUACUAGGCUCCAUUCGAGUAGGACUAACAAGCUACUCUUCGGAAGUGUCUGGACUUUGCUUAGAAGUGGUGUCUGUGCUGGCACUGGAGGUUCGCCGACUGGGUCUUGAGACCACGCCCGCUGGACGCGCCAUCGAGCCGUUUCUGCAACUGCUCCUGGAGAUGGUGCUACUGCAGCCGCUGGAAGCUGAGCUCACUCUUGCGGCUGGCAGCGCACUGUUUGCUCUCCUCUGUUGCUUCCGGGAAAGCUUUGCGCAGCUUGCCCAAGCUCUCGUGGCAAGCCAACAGGAUGCCGCAGUCGGGCAGCGGCUCGCCCAAUCCCUGCAGACUCUCACUCAAGCUACACCGCUGACCCCCGAGCGACCCCACCGACUUCGCUUCAGAAACUCCUUCGAGGCUUUUGUCACCGAAGUUCGGGGAUUCCUGUGUGUCAAAUGACAUCUCUCUAUGGUGUAUCACUGCCCCGUCCUCAAUCAUCCCUCUCCAUCCUGGCGCCUUCUUCAUUCUUACGACAAAAAUUGGUGCACUCAUCUGGAACGAGUAAAAUGGCUUUAUUUCUCUACAACUGUAA